CGUGCUUUGGGGACUAGUCUGAGUGCAGGAAGGAGGGGACUAUCAGGCUCCCUGGGUCCAAUCUCCCUGCAGCAUGGAAAAGAACAAACUUCAUCCGAGCCUGAUUCUGCUCCUCGUGGUCCUCCUGCCCAAAGUCUCUGGAAACCCGCAGUAUAUGGUGCUGGUUCCCUCCCUGCUCCACACUGAGACUCCAGAGAAGGGCUGUCUCCUUUUGAAGCACCUGAAUGAGACGGUGACUGUCAGCGCUUCCUUGGAGUCGGUCAGGGGAAACAGGAGCCUCUUCACUGACCUCACGGUAGAGAAAGACCUGUUCCACUGUAUCUCCUUCACUAUCCCCAAAUCUACAGCCAAUGAAGAGAUAAUGUUUCUCUCUGUCCAAAUAAAAGGACCAACCCAUGAGUUCAAAAAGAGGACCAGAGUGGCUGUUAAAAAUGAAGACAGUUUGGUAUUUAUGCAGACAGACAAACCCAUCUACAAACCAGGACAGACAGUGAAUUUUCGCGUGGUCUCAUUGGAUGAAAGUUUCCACCCGCUGAAUGAGUUGAUUCCACUAGUAUACCUUCAGGACCCUAAAGAAAAUCGCAUCACCCAAUGGCAGAAUGUCAAGUUAGAGACCGGCCUCAAGGAGUUGUCCUACUCCCUCUCCUCAGAGCCCUUCCAAGGCUCCUACAAACUGGUGGCACAGAAGGAAUCAGGCAAAAGGGUAGAGCACCACUUCACCGUGGAGGAAUUCGUCCUUCCCAAGUUUGAAGUACAAGUAAAAAUGCCAAAGGUAAUCACUAUCUUGGAAGAAGAGCUGAAUAUAUCAGUAUGUGGCCUAUAUACCUAUGGAAAGCCCGUCCCUGGACGUGUCACUGUGAGCACGUGCAGAUCAUAUGGUAGCCCCUCUCACUGCUACGGGGAAGAGUCGCAGGCACUCUGUGAGAAAUUCAGUGGGCAGCUAAACAGCCAUGGCUGCUUUUCUAGACAAGUAAAUGCUAAAAUCUUCCAAUUGAAGAGGCAAGGGUAUGAAAUGAAACUUCAAGUGGAGGCCAAGAUCAAAGAAGAAGGAACAGAGCUGGAAUUAACUGGGACUGGGUCCAGUGAAAUUACAAGAACCAUAACCAAACUCUCAUUUGUGAAAGUGGAUUCGAACUUUCGGCAAGGCAUCCCCUUUUCUGGACAAGUACGCCUAGUAGAUGGGAAAGGUGUCCCCAUGGCCAAUAAACUAAUCUUCAUACAUGCAGAUGAAGCUAACCACCACUCCAACGCUACCACUGAUGAGCAUGGUUUGGCACAGUUCUCCAUCAACACCACCAGCAUUACGGGUACCACUCUCAAUGUCCAAGUCAAACGCAAGGAUGAUCCUACCUGUUUUGGCUACCAAUGGCUGUCAGAAGAAAACGAAGAUGCAUACCACACUGCUCAUCAUAUAUUCUCCCUAAGCAAGAGCUAUGUGUACCUUGAGCCCAUUGCUCAUUCACUGCCCUGUGGUCAAACUAAUAACCUCCAGGCACAUUAUAUUCUGAAUGGACAAGUCCUGAAGGACAUGAAGGAGCUCGUCUUCUAUUACCUGAUUAUGGCCAAGGGAGGCAUUGUCCGAACUGGAACUCAUACACUGCCAGUAGAAGAUGGAGACAUGAACGGCCAGUUUUCUGUGUCAGUCCCUGUGGAGUCAGACAUUGCUCCCAUCGCUCGAUUGCUUCUCUAUACCAUUUUACCUAACGGAGAAGUGGUUGGCGAUUCCGCAUCAUACGAGGUUGAAAAUUGCCUGGCCAACAAGGUGGAUUUGAGCUUCCACCCAGCACAAAGCCUUCCGGCCUCCCACACUCAGUUGCGAGUAGCGGCCUCUCCUCAGUCCCUCUGUGCCCUCCGUGCGGUGGACCAAAGUGUGCUACUCCUGAAGCCCGAGGCUGAACUCUCCCCAUCCACGAUUUAUAACCUGCUACCAGUUAAGGACCUCACUGGCUUCCCCGAGGGUUUGAACCAGGAGGAAGAUGACAUAGAUUGUGUCCAACGUCAAAGCGUCUAUAUUGAUGGAGUCAUGUAUUCGCCAGUAGCAAACCCAAAUGCAAAAGAUAUGUACAGCUUUCUACAGGCUAUGGGUUUAAAGGUGUUCACUAACACAAAGAUUCAUAAACCAAAAGUAUGCUCAGAGCCUAAACAGUUUGAAAUGAGGACAUCUCAGAGACUAUACGCUGCUCCAGAAGGUAUCUAUGAAAUGCGAGGGAGCCAAAACUUUAUGGACAUGGAAGAGGCCUCAUCAGUUUCAGAGUCGUACAAAGAAACCGUGCGAACGUAUUUCCCUGAGACAUGGAUCUGGCAGUUGGUGGUGGUAAAUCCAUCGGGUGUGGCUGACGUGGAUGUAACAGUCCCUGAUACCAUCACCGAGUGGAAGGCCGGGGCCCUCUGCCUGUCCAAUGACACUGGCCUUGGUCUCUCUCCUUCCGCCACUCUCCAAGCCUUCCAGCCUUUCUUUGUGGACCUCACGAUGCCCUACUCUGUGGUCCGUGGAGAGGCCUUCACACUCAAGGCCACUGUCUUAAACUACCUGUCCAAAUGCAUCCGGGUCCAGCUGCAUCUGGAAGACUCUCCCAAAUUCCUAGCUGUCCCGGUGGAGAAGGAGCAAACAUCUCACUGCAUCUGUGCAAAUGGGCGUCAGACUGUGUCCUGGGAAGUAACACCGAAGGCAUUAGGGAAUAUGAAUUUCACUGUGAGCGCCGAGGCACUGGAUUCUCAAGAGCUGUGUGGGUCUGAGAAGACUAUAGUUCCCAAGGAGGGAAAGAAAGACACAGUCGUCAAGCCCCUGCUGGUUGAACCUGAAGGAAUCAAGAUGGAAACAACAUUCAACACCCUGCUUUGUCCAUCAGGUGCUGAGUUAUCUGAAAGAUUAUCCCUUAAUGUGCCACCAAAUGUGGUGAAAGAAUCUCCCAGAGCCUCUGUCUCCGUUUUGGGAGACAUACUAGGCUCCGCAAUAAAAAACUUGCAAAACCUCCUGCAGAUGCCCUAUGGCUGUGGGGAACAGAACAUGGUCCUCUUUGCUCCUAACAUUUAUGUUCUGAACUAUCUGAAUGAAACCCAGCAGCUGACUUCAGACAUCAAGUCCCAGGCUGUUGGCUACCUGGCCGCCGGGUACCAGAGACAGCUGAAGUACAAGCACUUUGAUGGUUCUUACAGCACCUUUGGGGAACAAUAUGGCAGGAACCCAGGAAAUACAUGGCUCACAGCGUUUGUUCUGAAGUCCUUUGCCCAGGCUCGGGCUUUCACCUUCAUUGAUGAAGCACACAUUACCCAAGCUCUCACCUGGCUCUCCCAGAAGCAGAAGGACAGUGGCUGUUUUAGGAGCUCAGGGUCACUGCUCAACAAUGCCAUUAAGGGUGGAGUAGACGAUGAAGUGACCCUCUCUGCCUACAUCAUCAUCGCCCUUCUGGAAAUUCCUCUCCCAGUCACUCAUCCUGUUGUCCGAAAUGGCCUGUACUGCUUGGACUCAGCCUGGAAGUUAGCCCAGGAUGGAGCCCACGGUAGCCAUGUCUACACCAAGGCACUGUUGGCCUAUGCUUUUGCCCUGGCAGGUAACCAGGACAAGAGGAGAGAGGUACUCACGUCACUUGAAACAGAAGCUGUGAAAGAAGAUAAUUCCAUCCACUGGGCACGGCCUCAGAAACCCAAAGCACCUACGGAGCCCUUUCGCCAACCCCAGGCUUCCUCGGCUGAGGUGGAGUUGACGGCCUACGUGCUCCUCGCUCACCUCACCACCCAGCCUGCCCCGUCCUCGGAGGAACUCGCAGCUGCCUCGCGCAUCGUGAAGUGGAUCACAAAGCAGCAGAACGCCCACGGGGGCUUCUCCUCCACCCAGGACACAGUGGUGGCCCUCCAUGCCCUGUCCAGAUACGGAGCAGCCACUUUCUCCAGCACUGGGAAAGCCACACAGGUGACUGUUAUAAAUUCAAGGAGCUUUUCCACACAUUGCCAAGUGGACAACAACAACAAGCUGUUGCUACAGCAGAUCCCCUUGCCAGAGGUGCCCGGAGAAUACACUGCCAAAGUGACAGGCGACAGAUGUGUUUAUAUCCAGACAUCCUUGAAGUACAAUGUUCUCCCAGGGAAGGAGGAGUUCCCAUUUGCUUUGAAGGUGCAGACUGUGCCCCAAACUUGUGAUGGAUUUAAAGCUCAUAGCAGCUUCCAGGUCUUAAUGAAUGUCAGUUACACAGGAAGCCGCCCUGCCUCCAACAUGGUGAUUGCUGAUGUGAAGAUGGUGUCUGGGUUCAUUCCCCUGAAACCAACAGUGAAAAUGCUUGAAAGAGCCAACCUUGUAAGCCGGACAGAAUUCAGCAGCAAUCAUGUCUUGCUAUACCUGGAGAAGGUGACCAAUCAGACACUGAGCUUGGCCUUCACCGUGCAGCAGGACAUCCCUGUGAGAGAUCUAAAACCAGCCAUCGUGAAAGUCUACGAUUACUAUGAGACAAGUGAUUUUGCAGUUGCUGAGUACAGCGCCCCCUGUAGCAAAGAUCAAGGAAAUGCUUGAAGGCUACAUCAACAAAGACUGUUCUGCUACAGCGCCUGUGGAGUAUACAAGAAAAGAGUUUUAUCGCUUAAUGAAUAAACUGGUUUUUUUGGUCAAACUUUA